AUGUCGUACAUGUACCCGUGGUACGCCCCGGUCGAGCUCGCAACGUCGUCGGCCGGCUACGGACUCGUCCGGUACCGCGAGGCUGGCCAGCCUCCGCCCGAGCCGCUCCCGCACCACCCGCGCUCUGCUGUCCUCUUCUUGCCCGGAAAUGCAGGCUCAGCCUCGCAGGUCCGAUCGCUCGGCGCGGCCGCGGCGGCCAUAAGCUCUCCGCUCGCCUGGUUCGCCCUCGACGUCGACGAGGAGAAGUCGGCGCUGCAAGGUCAGCGCCUGUUAGCCCAAGCCUCGGCUGCUAUCGAUGCGCUGCGCGAGCUCUCUGCCGCAGAGGGCUACUCCCGCUGGAUUCUGAUCGGUCACUCGAUGGGCGGCAUCACCGCCCGUCUCGUUCCGCAGCUUCUAGCCUCGGCGGCAAACGAGGACACCGCCGCCCUCGGCGCGUCGAUCGCCGCCGUCGUCACACUCGCCACGCCACACGCUGCGCCUGUCGUCACUGCAGACGGCACCAUCGAGUCAAUCUAUGCUCUCCUCGCCCAUCCGCGCGACACUGCUGUUCCGGUCGUCUCGAUCUCGGGCGGUCCGCGCGACGAGCUCAUCCCUGCCCACCUCACGCAUCUCGCCCUCCCUCGUGGACACCUCUCCCUGCCCUGGCUGCAUGUUCCCUCUCUGGCGCUGCCUGGAUCAUGGCGCUCAGCCGACCAUCUAUGCAUUCUCUGGUGCCGUGAGCUCGUCACCGCUGUUGCUGGCUACGUUGACAACGUCGCGAGGUCGGGGAACGGCUGGGCGGACGCUCUUGCCGCCUUUGCGCCGCAUCGCGCUUUGCCGCUGCCUCGCCCUGGCGGCGAGAGCGAGCGCGAGGACUCGGCUCAGCCUGUCAAGCUGGAUCGUGCUGGCCGAGCUCGCCUCCAGCCGCAUGUUAGGUACUCGUUGCCUACCUCCGAUGCAUGUGUCGGCUUCAUUGUCACUGCCAGAGCGCCGGCUGCGUGGUGGGCACUGGAUGUGUCGGGCGAAACCCGUGCUCCUCAGCCGCUUCCACCGGCCCAGGCUACAACGCCAGCGAGUGACGAUCCGCGUUCGGCGGUGCUUGUCGCGGGUGCGGCUCGCGCGGCAACCGCGAUGUGGUGGCCGGGCCAAGGCCGAGGCACCCCGAGCGAGGCCGUGCUCCUCUGCUUGCCCCCAACGCCAGCGCCGGGCAUGCCGGUGCUCCAAACUCUGACCUCGCCUUGGCCUGCGCUUCUGCCGGUCACCGAGCUGAGUUGGACCUUGGAACGGAGCCCAGGAUGGCGUGGAUGGGUGGCAACGACGCCGGUUGACGCAGCUGGUGCCGGUGUCGGCGCUCCAGCCUGGUUUGCACAGUUUGCGCAGGGCGUGCCGGAUGGACUCGCCGGCGAGCAGCUGACGGUGUUUGGCGACGAGUGGGCACUUGAUGCCCCGCUGGACGCCUUGCACGUUCUCUGGUUUCCUGAGUGCCCUGGAUCCGCGGCAGCAUGUGGCACACCGCCGCCGCACCCGCGUCUCUCUCUUCACGGAGUGAUCCGUAAGUGGGUGGCACGUCACGCACCGGCGCUCCUUCCACUGGCAUCGGUGGCGGCACUGGCGUGUGCGGGUGGCCUGAGUGGUGCAACCACGACAGUCCUGGUGGCACUCGCGAGUGUGCGUGGCUCGUGGGCUCUCGCGCCGUCGCCGUGGCAUACGCUCACGCUCACGCUGGGCGCGGCCUGUCUCGCUCUCGGGGUCAACGUCGUCGCUCGGAUUGUCCUCGCUGCCGCCGGCUUGCUCCCAAUCUGGCUUCGCUGCGGGUGCGAGUCGCGGCUGGCAGCCCGGGCGCUCCUGGCGGUAGCCGCAGUCGUCGGGUGGCUCGCAGAAUGGUGCUUUGUUCCGGGUCUCGCGCUUCUUGUCCUCACACUGCGGCUCGGCGGGAGCGGGAGUGGGAGCGCAUGGCGAUGGAGCGCGUCGCUACUGGGCGCACUUCCGUCGCUUGCCAACGCGUACCAGCGGCCCGCUGGCGUCUGUGGGUGA